AUGUCGUACACUCAGCAAUAUCAAGGUGUGGGUGGGAAUCCAUAUCAAGAUUCUGGCGCCGCUGAAGCCGGAUAUGGUGGUAAUAAUAAUCUAGCCCAACCAGGACUCACGCAUGAAAUGUCAAACUACUCUCAAACAUCCAACUAUUCCUCCGGUACACCCGGCGCCAUCCCACCUCCCAGUUCCAACGUCCUCACCCAACAAGCCUUCCUCGACCGCGUCGAUUUCGCCAAAUCCGAAAUUCGUUCUCUCUCCUCCAACGUUUCUCAAAUCGCUACUCUUCACCAACGCGCCCUCUCUUCCCCCGAUUCCUCCUCCACUGCUUCCCUCGAAAAUCUCGUAACACAAACUCAGCUCAAAAAUACCCAGAUUCGUGAUCAAAUUAAAUAUUUGGAAGCUGAUGCUAUCAAGACGCAAGAUGGGACUAAGAAUGUCAAGACCACGCAAGCUAAGAGAUUGAAGACGGAGUUUGAGAAUCAGUUGCAGCAAUAUAGGGAAGAGGAGUUGAAUUAUAGAAAUGAAUAUAGACGUCAAAUUGGAAGACAAUAUCGUAUUGUUAAUCCUGAAGCUUCGGAGGCUGAGGUUGAAGAAGCUAGUCAGAUGGAUUGGGGUUCGGAGGGUGUUUUUCAAACUGCUCUUAAAUCCAAUCGAUCUGGUCAAGCCUCCUCAGUUCUUGGAGCUGUUCGUGCCCGUCAUAAUGAACUCCAACGUAUUGAAGCCACUCUUACCGAUCUUGCAGCUAUGUUUGCCGAUAUGGCUCAAAUAGUCGAAGCUCAAGAUCCCGUCGUCGAACAUACCGAACAAAAUGCUAUUAAAACCGCCGAGGAUGUCGAUAAAGGAAAUACGGAAAUCGACAAGGCGAAUGAACAUGCCAGACGUAGAAAUAGACUAAAGUGGUGGUUUGAAACCUUCAAAGGGUUGAGAGGAAGGCUUGAGGAAGGCUUUCGGAAGGCACGAGAUAUGAUGGAUGGUAUGGGUAUGGUAUUUGGAGGGGAUUGA